GAUGGCGAUUCGUCGAAAACUUUUUUUUUUUCGAGAGAGAAAAAAAACAUUCGGAUAUUGUGUUUAAAAAAUUACAAGUGAAGAAAGAGAAAGAGAAAGUGAGGGAAAGAGAGAGGGAGAGAGAAGAAAAAUACAUAAAUGUUUUUAAUUUUCCUUCUUCUCUCUCUUUCUCUCUCUCUCUCUCUCUCUCUCUUUCUUUCCUCAAUUUUAAAUUAAUCAACAAGAAUUAUUAAUUUUCAUCGUCUCCUUUUCUUUUCUUUUUUAUUCUAAAACCAAAUUUUGGGACAGAAAACGAAGUGGUUGCGUUGAUAAGUAAAUAAAUAAAUUAAUUAAUUAAUUAAUAAAGAGACAUUAAUCUGUUUCUCGAGAGAUGUGUGUGAGAAAGACAAGAAGGGAGAGAGAGAAAAUCAGUGCGUAAGAAGAAAGAGUGUAUGAGUGAGAACGAAAAAAGAAGAGAGAGAGAGAGAGAGAGAAAAUGAAAAUGAAAAUGAAAAUGAUAAUGAAAAUAAAAAUGAAGAUGAAGAAAAUUGAAAAUGAAAGAAAAGCAAUAAACGGGGCCAGUCUUGCGUGGCCAACGAGUCAAAAAGUGAACUCCUUCUUGCACGUUAAAUUUCUAAUGUUCCAUGUAUCUCUACAUUGUAAAAAGACCCAACCAAUCAUCCCUCUCUAAUUCAAGCAGUCUUCUACAUCCUUCAAUCGUCAUUUUCCUUUAUGCCGUUUAAAAAGAAGCAACAAAAUUUUUCUCGUUCAUCGAGGUCGACGUGUGUGUGAUUGAAAAAAAAUCACAGACAUAUAUAUAUAUAUAUAUAUAUAUAUAUAUAUAUAUAUUAAUUUAACAAAUAUAAAAUAGCCUUGAGUUAUUUUUUCUCUCUCUUUUCCUCUUUUUUUCAAUCUCUCUAUCUCUGCCUCUCUCUUUUCUUUUCUUUUUCCUUCAUCAUCCUUAUUUCUUUUCCUUUCUUCUUAAUCUCUAUAUAUCCCCGUUUGCAUUUUCCAAAUAAUUGUCCACCUUUACCCUUCUCAUAUAUUCCCUUCUCUCCCUCGUUCCUUCUUCUUUCAAUUAAUUAUCAACACUUUCAUCAUCCUGUAUUAUCGUCUACUUUACUACACGCUCAUUAUUCGUCAUUAUAUUUUCAUCUUCUCGUUAUCUUUUUCUUUCUUCAUCUUUCCUCGAUAUACUUUUCUUAUUUCUUCUUGUUGUUUCUUUUCUUCUCUCUUUUUCUUGACUCUUCCUUUUCUUUUUUUUCCACCUAUCUCUCUCUCUCUCUCUCUCUCUCUCUCUCUCUCUUUCUUCUUACUACACCAUAAGGUAUAAUAAUUGUCAAUUCCUGCGAUCUUAUCGGUGUGAAACGACAGCUGCAAGAUACAUCAGAGUUGCCUGUUAGAUCCCGUAGGUAUAAAGGUAAGAUCGACCACGAAGCAAACGCUCGAGAACUCCGCACGCACUAUUACGGUUCUACUGUCGUUGACAGCCCUUUUCCCUCCUUACCUCUUUCCCUUCCUCCCUUAUCCCCUCUCCAAACACCCUUUUUCUUUUACCAGACAACGACUACAACGGCUACCAACGACUAACUAAGACGACGAUUACUACGGUCGAAAACUUCGUCGAGGACGUCGACCCGACACAUACGUCGGCACCAACGUAAAAAGAGAUCGAAUGGAAUGCGUUUCACCAUCUACUUUUUAAGAAUCUUCGUCUUGCGAUUAUAUACCUCUAAAAACAAAUUUGUUGUCUUUGUGUGCUUAACGAAGAGUUUUUUAAAACUUACGCAUCUUUCUUUUCUCUUUCUUUUCUUCUAUUCUUUUUUCUUCCUUCUUUUUCUUCUUGUUUUUCCUUUUUUUAAUUUUGCUUUCGAAAUUUCCCGGGGAAAGGGAAAGAAAAAGGGAAAUAGAGUUAAUUCGGAAUGAGUCGAGUCAUCUCGAUGAGAGGAAACGAGAGAGAGAAAGGGAACGAUUAAUAUCAAUUAAUUCUUAAUUAAAGUAACAAAUUUGAAUAUUGAAAUAUACUUGUUUAAGGAGAAAAAAGGGAAUAAAUAUCAUUCCGAUAAGAUAAAAGUUAUAUAGAUACAAAAUGAUCGUCUUGAAAUCAAUUUCUAAAUAAUAUAUAAUUGGAAUCGUUAAUCUUAGAAAAAAAAAAGAAAGAAAGAAAAAAGAUAGAUAGGCUUAAGUAAAUAUGCAUGGGUAUAAAUGAGAAACAAUUAAUAGGUAUAAAAUGAGGAAUAAAAUGGCGUUAAAGGGUAGGCAUCGAAUGUUCACGUAAAUCAUUGAGAUAAGACACGUUAAUGAUAAAAAUCAUGAACGAAGAGAGACAAGAGUCGAUAUCAUCUCGAUCGAUCUGACACGAUUUAAGUGAAAGGAUCGAGGAGUCAUCAUCGUUUAGCAAGCGUCGAUUCAUCCCAACGCCGAGGUGCAUUUAAUUGACCAUGAAAAUGGAAUGUCACGGCUAGUAGAUUUUCCAGAUUAGGAAUUAUGUAUCGUGACUCCUCGGCUUCUUGCAUUUCUA